AAAGAAAAUAAACAGUCCCUAACAUCACGGAUUUCUGUUACUAAUGGCUAUAUCCGGCGACGAGUUAUAUCGUGUCGUUGCCUCUGGCGACGACAAUGCGAUUCUAGCGGCGGUGAAUGAGUUCAAGGCCUUCGUCAAGAAGGACUUUGUAGACACCACCCAGGUGCCCAAAUACAUGGAGGCGCUCUGUAUUGCCGUUGAUCGCGAAGAGUUGGCGGUACUGAACGCCAGUUUCAGCGUUAUUGCACACCUUGUCAAGCGUGUGAGCAUGCAAGACUACAGCGGGAAGAUUCUUCAGAGCCAAAGCUUUCUUGUUCUCCCCACCAUCCUCAAGCGCUUUGGUGACCCCAAGACAAGCAUGCGUAGCACUGCGAGACGAGCACUUGAAGCCUACUGGUUCCUGGUGGACCGGGAGGCCGAGAACGCUCUCUUGGACUUGGGGCUAGGAAGCAGAAACCCUCAAGUGAUUCUCGAAUCAGUCGCGUGGUUGCAGCAUAUUGUCACUAAUGUGAGUCAAAACUUUAAAUUAGAUCCCUUUGUCCCUGCAUUGGUGGGACAUCUUUCCAGUGAGCAAGGGUUAAAUGGCGACGAAGUGUCUGCGGCAAUCAAGAAGCUUUUUGGAGGGUACUACUCGCAGAAGCAAAUGUAUUUGCAUCGCCACACUUUAUUGAAAGAGUUGUCCAUUCAAAGAAUACUGCAACGGGUUUGUGACUGGGUCAUGGAGGGAAUCACCAAUGAGGAUGGGAUGCCUAUUGGUGGGUAUUCUGGAGCAACAACAAGUAAAGUGGCCAGAACCACGACCACCACCACAACCCCAACCACAACAACAGCUACACCCUCAACAGCAUCAGCUAGGUCAUCUACCUCUACACCAAAUGUAUCCACCCUACAACCCACCACAACCAUCGGUAGAGCCUCUAGCAUGCAAGGAAGAACUUCCUCUUCAUUUAAAAGCAGCAACACCACCCCAGCAACGAGCGCUAGUUCCCGUACUUCCCAUCCAAUUAAUUCCACUACCCAGUCGCACGCCACCUCCGAUUUAUCGGGUGAAAUCCUCAAAAUAACGUCAAAACUCCCUACAUAUCCCCUCGAUACUUCAAUUGCAUCGGAAAAUGUCUCCUCUUCCGACAAUCUUUAUGACGUGGUGACGUCUUUACUCCCACCAUUUCAGGGGAAGGAAACGGAAUUCAAUUGGACGUCUAGAGAAAGAAAUAUUAUAAAAUUACGUACUAUUGUCCGCGGGAAUGCUCUUGAACAAUACCCUGAGGACUUGGUUGCAUGUCUUCGAGACGCAGCUGAAUCUAUUUGCAAGGCCAUUCUCUCCCUCCGUACCACUCUAUCGACCAAUGGGUGCCAACUCAUCAAGGAAGCUGCCAUGCUACUUCGUGGUCAUUUCGAUCCCUUGAUCGACUCCUUUGUCCCCACACUCAGCAAACUUUGUCUGGCCACUAAAAAUAUUGCAUCUACGAAUGCUAACAUUGGUCUCCUCUCCAUAUUCAUAAAUUGCACGUUCCAAUACAAGUUACUUCAACGAGCGCAAGUCUGUGCCAAUGAGAAGAACCAUCAGCCCAGAGCAUAUAGUGGGACAUGGAUCCAAAUCAUUAUUCAACGAUUCCACAACAAUUCAGUAUUUCUUGCCACUCAUGGAACUUCGACUGGUCCCGAAUUAUGUGCUAGAACCAUUACAAAGUUACUCGGUGAUCCAAAUCCAACCGUGAGACAAGUGGCAAAGGAUACAUUUUGGUGCUUUUGGGGUAAAUUCCCCACCAUUGCCGAGGGAAUGUUGACUAAAUUGGAUACCAGUAUCGUGAAGGCAUUGGAAAGAUCAAGACCAAGUGAACUGGUAAGUUCUGGAAGAGUCACCCCUACUGCCAAGACAUUGAGCACUAGAACUUCUAAACCUUCGAUUAGAGAGUCAAUCAUAGCCCGUAAUAGGGAAAUAAGAGAAAAGCAAAAGUUGGAAGCCAGUAGUAGACCAAAUUCUGCUGAUAUAACACAACCUAAUGCGCCACAACCGUUCAAAUUCAAUCGUUUGAAUGGAGCUAGAAGGAAUUUCAGUAACGAAGAACAUCAUUAUCAAUCUGGCACUGCAUCAUCUUCUCAUAAGGAACAAGCGAGAGUAGCAUCUGCUGGGGAAUUGGGGAAGAAACCUUCUCAUAGUUCUGGAGUACACCUUCCACAUGGUCAAACAAACCCAACCCAGCGUUCCAACCAACAACAGCUGUCACACAACCCCUCCAGCUUGUCUCAGAAACAACAGCCACAAUCUCAACAUUUCAACAAGCAAACAGAUCCAAUAAUUCUGUUCCUUUCUUCUCAUCAAACUGACCUCAAAAUCGAAGGAAUCAACUUGCUUAAAUAUGCCAUCCUCGGAGAUGAGGACUUAUCCUCUGACAUAAAUUCUCUUUUGACUUCGAUUUCAAUUAGUAGUCCACAAUUGCUCAAACCAUUGUUUAACGGACUGGAAGAACUCUUAUCGAAACUGUUCAAGUAUUUCCAACCUGAAGACUUUAUCCGUAUCUGUUGUAUCUUACGAGGCGAUGUCGUUGAUGCGAAAUACGUCGACCUCAUUACAUCCAUUGUCCCUUUGGAGCACCUUUAUGAAUCAUAUGCAACUAUUUUGACCCAAGCGACUAAGAUUGGUAGUAUCUUGAACAACAGCGACAUGGUUAUGCAAAUGAUUAAAUUUAAAAUGAAUAUUUUCCACACUACUAUCGAAUUCUUGGAUAUUGCAUUGGAAAAAUUACCAAUUGCUGAUGAAGUGUUUUCUCGGAUCAUUGUGUGUUUAUUUGACAUGGUGAGUAUUUUGAGAGCAACUAAAUUAUAUGAUGGGCUUUGUUCUUUACUUAAGAAGAUGUAUGGAAUUAAUGGUGGGAUCUUUAAGUCCAAGUUGGAAGCAUGUGCUGAACUGUUGAAAGAGGAAGUUGAACUUGAAAUAGGAAUUGGGUCAAGUGAUUCAAUGGAGUAUAAUUCUCUUCCUCAAAGUGGGGAUAGAAACUUCACUUCAUAUGAUCUUACCAAGGUUCUCCCAAGUUCAGUAGCUGUAAAUGCUUCUCCAUUGAAAGAACCUUCUGAUUUGACAAUGCUUAUGCCCACAUUCAAUGCCAAAAAUGAAUUUCUGUUCAAAAACGAGUCCCCUAUUCGAAACUCUCCUAAAAAUAUCGAUGCAGAACCUCAAUUUGAUUCUGUGGAUGAUAAUAUCGAUAUUGACAUUGACGACGAUAUCGAAGUACACAAGGAGGAAGUUGGAGACAAGGCAGAUGACCCCGAUAAGAUGGAGGUUGAAGAAGAUACACAAGUGGAAGAAACCAAUGCUAAGGUUAUGAAAGAAAUGGAUGACGGUAUGGAACUGGAAAAGAGUGGAUAUGAAAAUGUAUUUGUAGAUUCAUCCGAAUCACAUAGCAGAAGAUCUGAUUUGUUUGCUCAAUUUAACAAGGAACAAUCCGCUGAAUUAGUACAAGGUUUUGCACAAGUUCAAAUAGGAGAACUUGAAGAUUCAGUCAGACUCGAUCCUUUGCAGAACUUUAUUGAUAAAGUUGAUCCUUUGAAUAAGGUAUCCAAUAAGAAGAAACCAAUUCAAAUUUACCAGGAUGAGAAUCUCCAAGGGUCUCCUCAGAAGGUGCGUAAUUACAACUACAGUGAAAUGAAUUGGUUCAAUUACCUGGUUGCAAAGGCUAAAGCAUUGGACGAAGAUUCUAGUGAGAUUUCUUCUUCGAUCGAGAAUUUCAAGGUCUUAUGCACAAAACUUGCCAAUGGUGACGUUAAGAGUAAAGACUUCAUACUGUUGUUGAAAUAUUUACAAGAUAACCGAACACAUUCAGUUGAAUUGAAUGAAUACCUUGACAAGAUUGGUAUGGACGUACUUGAGGACUCGAUGUGGAAGUUUUUUGACAAUGACUCUACAAUGCAAUCAGCCCAUAUUUUACUCAGUGGGUUCAUUAUAUUGAAACAAGUGCUUGUGAAUCGGGUCCAUUUAAACUUGGCGAAACUUUGGCAAUUACUUGUACAGUUUAGUGGUUCCGAAGAAGUUUCAGAUGAUGCAACCAGUGAAAUUAAACUAGCCAUCGGAGAAUUAUUUGAUGAAAUUUUGGUCGGAGCCUUUGCUUCCCUGGAUAUACUUUCUACUUUGCUAACUUCAUUCCACUCAAACACGGCUGAAUAUACCCACAAUCAAUUGGUGUUUGUACUCGAAUGUCUUGUCAAGAUUCUCAGUAUCAGUACCAUUGGAUUAUUGAUUAGUGACUCUCUUGUCAUGCAAAUCGAUGCUGCUAUCGGCCCACUAGCCACUAGCGAUUCAGUUCUUGUGAGACGUAAUGUUGUCCUGAUAUAUGGUAAGUUACUCAGAGCAAACCGUACUUUGGAAAUUAAUCAGAUGGAAAGAUCCACCCACAAAAAUGCCAUGGAUGGAAUCUUACAGAAGCUUCCGGUUCCUCAAAAGAAGUUGAUUGAAUACUACAGUGAAAUUUAAUACAGUGAAAUCACGUUGGUUGUUUAUAUCUUAAUUAUGCGAUAAUACAGGACCUAUGUCAAUAUAUAAAUACAGGAUAGAAUAUCAAGUAGAGAAG